AUGUCGGAGAAGGGAGGCUCACCUGCAGCGAUGCCACUGCGCAGCAAAGGGAUCCCGAAGCGUCCUCAUCCUGGCGAGCCUGGUGGUGAUCCUGGCGGCAGGGCUGACCGCCCCCGAUCGCCGCCACAAGGAGAUGAAGCAGAUUUGGAUGCCUACGCCACCAUGUCCUACGUGCAGUCCCUCCAGUCGAAGAUCGACGCGAUGGAGACCUCAAUCAAAGAGUCCAUCAAUGCGACUGUCACCACCGUGGUCAGCACCGCGACCAACCCCAUCUCGCUUGCGCUCAAGGCCGCCCAGGACGGCAUCGACGGGUUGGGCGCCAAGAUCGAGAAGAACGUCCACCUCGCCGUCGACCAGCAGAUCGACUCCACGAGGAAGCACUUCCAGCAACAGCUCGACGCCUUCAACAUCCGCGUUGGCGAGGUGGAGGCCAAACAGGAGAAGACCGACAAAGCCAUCGAGCUCAUGGCGGCGCAGAUCAAGGUAUUGCAACGAGAGCUCGCCACGGCCAACCAGCAACCGAUCAAACAGCAGUUCAUCAGCCGCGACUUCGACCGCGAGACCGACGCCACUAUCAUCAAGGUCCAUGCCGACGGCCUCGUCACCCUGGCCAAGGCUUCCGAGUCCCUCACCAAGUUCGUGGUGGGCUGCGACAUUCGAGAGACUGACUUCACUGUCACUGGCAACGACACUGCCAAGUUCUUCACCAUCAAGUUCACGGGCCUUCCUGGCCCCGCCAGCCGCCGAGUGCAGAAGAUUCUGGACAGCUUGCGCUCGUCCAACGGCACCUGGGCGCGCAUCUACGCCGACGCUGUCUCGGGCCACGGGGCGGUCGAGCUGCGGAUGGGCCCCGACAAGUCGCCGAAGCAGAUCAAGACGGAUAUCGUGGGGAAGCGCCUCCGCCCGGCCAUGGAACGCGAGUUCCCGACCCAUGUCUGGCGCGCGGACCGCGCCAAGGCCUGGAUCACUGCAGGCUGGGCCCCCGUUAUCGCGCACAGCGUCCGCCCAGGCAGGGGCGAGCCGACCGCCCUCACGUUCCAGGACACCAGCCCCCCCGCGCUGGGCAUCGACCGCACGACCCUCAAGAACGCCACCAGCGCUGACCUGGCACGCAGCCAGAACCGUCUCGCCGAUGGGCCGUCGCCCUGCCUGGCCGUCGGCACAUGGAACGCCCGCGCUCUCUUGGGCUACCAGGGCAGACGUGUCGUCGAGAAGUCCUCGUACCUCAAGUCCAUGCCGCUGCGCAAGAUGGUCUUGGGCAUCCAGGAGGUUCACCAGAACCACGGCCAGCUCCUCGCCUUCAUGCGGAAGAUCGACAGCACUCUUGACAUGCACUCCUCCUUCGCUCCUGGAUAUCAUGGCACUAUCAGUGGCGGGGUUGCCACUGUGUUCCCAGCUGGGAUGAAUGCCGUGAGCGGCCCCAUCUCUCCUGGCCGUGUUCUUCGCUCUGUCUUCCGUGUUGGCGACCAAGUGGUGAUCUUCUACACUAUCCACAACUACGACCUCAGCAACGCCACCAUCCAGAACAUCACCACGCACAUCAACAGCGACCUGCAGUGGGCGAGGUCCGACCCGAGCCGCAUUGUCACGUUCGUCACUGGGGAGUUCAACUUCUCCGCCGUCGGGAAGCUGAAGCUCCUGGACCCUGUGGCAAAGGGCAACUCGAACCCAACUGAAACGUCCAAAGCAUCGGUGCGCAAGUGGCACAACGCUCUGAAGCACAUAGUGGAGAUCGACAGCGCCGACACCACGCACUACUGCUCCGAGACGAAGGCUGAGACCACCAUCGACAGAUGUUUCUGCUCGUUCACACCUACACAGAUGCUUCAGCUGGCUGUUACGUCCACCACCUUUUCCACACCUGAGGAUCUCUCACGCCGUCGUGUCAGUGACCAUGCCGCCCUCUUCGUCUCCUUGACGAUGCGCGAUGCCAAACCCUCGCCGAACCAGCCGAUCGCCCAGUACAUCGUCAAGUCCCCCGUAUUCAAAGAGAUUGCCGACAAAAUGAUCGCCGCCUCCCCCGUGGACAACCUGUCCCCGCCGACCAAGCUGAUUCAGACCACCGACCUGCUCACACGUGGACAAACCCAAGCCCUGCAACGGAAGGUCCAGCUCUGGAACCCGCUCAGCAAGCGACUGGCCCUGACGGGGGUCAAGACCAGCGAGGGCACCGUGACGGGCCCCAACGAGCGACUCAAGAAGCUUGUCGAGCACUGGCAGCCCGUCUUCGAGGGCAAGACUGUCGACGUGACCAAGGCCGCCGUCUACCUGAACCAGUUCUCGCCCACCAUCGAUUUCUCCAAGUACAGGCCGCCAGACUACGAGACGCUCAAGAAGUUUGCCAGGCGCUCGUCUUCCACUUCGCCAGGCCUUGACGGUCUGCCGUACCUCGCCUGGCCCGCGCACGAGAAGUGCACCGAGGUUCUCUGGGAUGUCAUGUGUUACAUGCUCAACGGCGGGAUCCUCCCCGAUGAAGUGAAUGCGACCGUCCAAGCCUUCCUGCCUAAAGGUGAGGAACCAGAGGACUCGGAACAUCACGGCUGCCAUCGAGACCCGCCCAAAGUCCGUGUCCUGGGUUUGCGCAACACGUCCCUCAAGAUAAUCAGCAGCACGAUGAAUGCUGCGACGGCAACGGUGGCAGCCGAGGUAGUCCCAGCCUCACAGCGCGGGUUCAUCCACCGGCGUAACUUCGGCUACAACAUCUUCGAGCUAGACGCCGAGAUCCGCAUCGCCUCGGCCGACCCAGAUGCCCAGGACAUGCUGCCUGUGCUGGUGUCGCUGGACAUCGCGCAGGCCUUCCCCAGCUUCGCCCACCAGUUCAUCCGUCUGGCGCUCAAGGCCAUGGGCGCUCCUGAAGCGGUCCUCGUGGUUUUCGACUCCAUGUACAACAACACCCUCGCGAUGGCCCCGUGCGCUGGCCAGUACGUCCCGCUCUUCUACAUCAGGUCGGGCAUCAUCCAGGGAUGCGGCUGGGGCGGCACACUGUACGCGCUGGGCACUGCAUGCUUCCUCCUCAACCUCGAGACCGUCCUCGAAGCCCAAGGCCGUGGACUUUGUCGGGCAUGCGCUGAUGACCUCGGGCUCGUCCUUCGGGCCGCUGCCUACCUCGUCUACCUCGCCGACGUCAUGCUCUGCAUGGAAAUUCUGGCUGGUCUUGAGCUGAAGGCGCCGAAGUGCCGCAUCAUUCCCUUGGCGGGCCAGGUCAACGCCGACCUCAUCCUCAAGCUCAAGAACGCGCUGCUCACCAUCGCCCCGAAGUUCAAGGACUUCAACAUAUGCGACCGCCUCGCCUAUCUCGGCCUCUUGCUGGGCCCUGGUGCCACGGACCAGCUCAUCUUCGCGAAGGCCUUCAACAAGUACCGCUCCCGAGUCAUGGCGUACAGCGCGAGCGAUGCGCCUGCCGUCGGGUCAGUCUCCCUGUGCAGCGGGCGCGCGCUCCCCGCCCUCGGCUACCUGGCCCAGUACGCCUUGCUCCCGCGCGAGCACUUCAAGCACGAGAGCUGGAUCAAUGCCUCCAUCCUGCGCAUCCCGAACGGCGCCUUCAGGCUGAAGGACUGGCCCUUCCUGAAGGACUGGGGAGUUCCCGCGCCGAGGUCGCUCCAGCUCAGCAUGCUGGCGACGAUCGUCCGCGCGGAGACUUCGACAUUGAAGAAGUUCACCGAGAUCCGUGAGAGGCUGCACGAAGGCUUGAACUCCUACGGCCUCCAGCAGACCCUCGGGGGUGCCGCGCGGGGCGCCCUCCAUCUCUCACCGCCGUGGUGGAAGACGCAGGCCUUCGUGGAGACGAUGCACCAGAUUGCGUCGGCCACCUCUGACCACGUGUACUACCCCCACCAGCUCGCGGCGCCAGCGGUCGAGGCCGCGCGGGCGGCUGUCGCCAACGAGAAGCCUGGCCUCGCGCAGAAGCACGCCUUCGCCUCGGCCCUGGCCACCCGCGGGUCCGACGGCAUCGGGCCUUUCCUGCAGGACCGCAUCGUGAAGGAGCCCCCGCACGCUGGCGAGCUCUCCAUCCACCGCCCUUCCAUCAUGCACGACAUCCAGACCGCCAUGAAAAGAUUGCCCCCAUCGUGGGCGACAGCGUGGAUGAGGACGCUGUCCUUCUCAUGGCUCACAUCCUUCCGCAUCGCCUACCCGAGCGGCAGGCGCCAGUGCAUCUUCGGCUGUGCCAACAGCCACGACAAGAUGCGCCACUAUCUGAUCUGCGCGCCGCUGGCGCAGGCUGUGGGACGGGCGUGCGGCGCGCCCCCCCUCGCCACUGAGUUCGCGAAGCUUGGCCUCACCGACCAGUCCAACGAGAACGCGGAGGCCAUUGCCGUCGCCUGCCUCGCGCACCAUGCACUCAGGCAGGAGACCCACGUCUCAGCGGAGACCACCCUGACGGCCGCCAAGGCAGCGUUGAGGGCCACGAGGACCAUGAAGAAGCCGCCGAUCGUGCUUCGUCCCCACCAUCGCCAUCGACGGGUGGAUCGGCAUUGCUGGGUGGAGAAGCCAGGCGUAAUGGCGCCGCUCUCCGCGGGCGGCAGCUCGGGCAGCGCGCCCGCGGGCCAGGUGACCGAGCGGUACAGGGAGAUCUUCAGCCUACAGGAGCACACGCGCCACCGGCAGGAGUUGACUACGUCGAGCAGGACCCACUUCGGCUCCGUGGAGCCGCCGCUGAUCACGAUCAGCUUCCAGUACACGUACGAGGAGAUGUUCUGCACGCUCCUCCUGGCGCGCCACCUGUGA